GACCCAUAACACUAACUAGACCUAUCAGGACAGCAUUACUAGGCGUCAACCUCCGAGGUCCAACCUAGUGCUUACUCGCCUCCUCCCGAUCCCUAAUUCCCCAUCUUCUCUCUCUGCUCGCUCCCGUGCCACCUCCCGCCGCUUUGCUGCCCCACGCCGCAAGCCAGCCACCACCGUCGGCCUCUACAUCGGGCCGAUCCGCCGAUCCGCUGCUUGCUCCCCCUCCCUAUCUCCAGCCCCACCACUGCCUCACCAGCAGUUGGAUCCGCCGUUGCUUCACCGCCCCGCUGCCCCGCUCGUCGUCUCCGGCCCCAUCGUCGGCCCGUCACCGCCGCCUCGGGUCCGUGCGCUGUCGCCUCCAGUGCUACCACCACCGCUUCGAACACCGCCAUCCUGCCGCAACCACCGCAUCCACUCCUGAUUCUCACCCGCCGCCGCGUACUUCAGUGAGGAAUAUCUGAAGAGAAACAAACCUUACUAAGAUAUGUCUUGGAAACCAUUGGACGUCCCUUGGCCACAGUGGUAAAACGAAGUCCCUUCCGCAAAAGAUAAACACACCAGUGAUCCCUGAACAGUUUAUUCAAGAUGACAAAUGAAGAGAACUUGUUCAAGAUGGCAAAUGCAGAUGCAGAUACUGAUACACUGCACAAGGAAUGGGAUGAUGCUCUCUGCCCAAUUUGCAUGGACCAUCCCCAUAAUGCUGUCCUUCUGUUGUGCAGUUCCCAUGACAAAGGAUGCCGAUCCUACAUAUGUGAUACAAGCUAUAGGCAUUCAAAUUGCCUAGACAGGUUCAAGAAAAUGAAAGUGAAUCAUGAGGACAGUUCUUCACAGCCAAGCUCCUCUAUGCCUGUGGAUACAAGAAACCAAAAUGCUGGCCAGAGAUCUCGUUUUGGUCUCAUUAGAGAGAGCCCCAGGCUACUCAUAGACAUAUCUGAACCUGAUGAAGAUUUCAAUCAUCAAGAUGCCAGUCAUAGGCCUGCAGCCAUAUCUGGAGAGCAGGAAGAAAAUAACUAUAAUGAGGACCCAGAUUUGACAUUGGAAGCUCGGGAGGGAGAGGGCAGUGGUCCUGUGGAGUCAAGUGAAGUGUUAAACUCAAACGAAUUGGUGUGCCCACUGUGCAGGGGUGCUAUCAGUGGCUGGAAGAUCAUCAAAGAAGCCAGACAGUACUUGGAUGAGAAAUCAAGAGCUUGCUCACGGGAAGCCUGCACAUUUUCUGGAAACUAUAGGGAGCUCCGUAGACAUGCCAGAAGGGUCCACCCCACAACAAGGCCAGCUGAUGUGGACCCAUCAAGGCGCCGUGCGUGGCACCGCCUGGAGCAUCAGCACGAGUAUGGUGACAUAGUGAGCGCAAUCAGGUCCUCUAUGCCUGGGGCAGUUGUGCUUGGUGAUUAUGCUAUUGAAGGUGGUGAAAUAUUUUCACAUGACCGGGAAGGCAGUGGCCCAAGUGAACCUAGUGGAUCUUUGUUGACAACAUUCUUUCUAUUUCAUAUGCUCAGCAGUAGUCCGAUUAGAUCAGGUGAUGAGCCAAGAGGCACAGCAAGGGGCCUGAGAAGGCAGAGGCGUCGUUAUCUGUGGGGAGAGAAUUUGUUAGGUCUCCAAUACGAUGAUGAUGGUGACGAGGAAGAGGAGGACCCAGAUGAAGAGGUUCAGAGACCAAGGAGUCGCCGGAGGUUCAUAAGAUCAAGGUCGGAGGAGCGGGCGUAGUACACAGUCAGCUAUGGUAAUUACAUUCUUCACUGCUGUGAAGUUCUUUUACCAUGAAUUCAUGAUGACUCCUUGCAUGAUCUUUACCAUGUCAGUGGAGAUGUGGGAGAUGUGCUUCAUUGAAUGGUUAAAAUGCUGUGUGCGUCCCUGCAAUCAAAGAUCAAGGCAAGUGGGUGUCAAGUUAAAGUUUGGAUGAUCCAAAUGCGAUCGACACUAUCCAUGAGGCCUUCUUUAAUGAUGUGAAGCUCAGGAGAAAUGCUCAUUCUUAGGGCAUGGCUCUCUCGGACGAAAAGUGACCUGGAAGCUCUGUUGGUGUUGGGAAAUGACAGCUCCAUCGCAGCAGGAGCAAGAGCAGAUGCACCAUGUGUAUUAUUUACUUUUCACUAGGCGUGUUACCUGCAUUUGUUGUAUAUUCUUUCCGAUACUACAUUUGGUUGAAUUCAUGCUGCUACUGUUGCAGUUGAUAUCUUUGUUCAACAACUGAAGCGGGCAGAAUCUCAUGUUCUGCAUGUGGUUAAUAUUAUGUGUAUUCUUGUUACCAUCCAGAAACUUGGUGUGCGCGUGGUGUUGUAAUUCAAAUGGUUGCCAUCAUUGGCUUAUAAUUUUUCUCUUUCUUUUGACCAAA